UUGCGGUUGUCAACAGUUGCUAAAGUCAGUGAUAGAUACGAUUUAUCGGUGCGAUCUGCAGCUGCCGUUGCUUCUGCCGUUUUGGUUGACGUAGGUUUGGUUUCUACCGAAGAUCUGUCACUGGUUAUUGAUAAAAAUAAAAUCCACAGAGCUGUAUGUAAAGCCCGAAGAGAUGCUUCAAAAGAUGUUGCAGAUGGUUCGACUUCGAAUCCUACAGAAUACUCCGGACCUAUUGAAAAACAGUUAGUUGCUUAUGAAAACAAACCCACAUUAACUUUUUCUGCUGUGAUUGAUAAUUUGCCUGACUUACCAAAAAAUGUGGUCAAUGAAUUAAGUACAGAUCAAAAAUAUCUGUAUGAAAUAUGUCAAGCAGUAUUAACCGGUUUCUGUACUCCUGAAUUGGCAAACCGUCAAGCUGGAAAAAUGGCGCAUUCCAGAUGGCUUACUACUGCUAAUCGUCUACUCAGACUUUAUGAAAAAGCAGAUGAACAGCCAGAGCCAGAAAAUAGUCAGACUAAUAGUAAACUAGGCAGUGGUUCAAAUGCACCUCCAUCUAUUUCUGAGAUUUUAUCUGAUAUACUAUAUGGUCUUGAUGAUGGUAGUGAUAUUGAUCGUUCCUACGAUCCGGAGGAAGAUUCUGAUGUUUUAUUAUCGAAUAAAGAUGACAUUUUAAGAUGA